CAUACUGCGCCACUGGUUGAUCAUCAUUAUCUGAAGUUAUAAUAAUACAUUUCCCGGACAGAAUUUUCACAGCUACAGGCAAGUAUAAUGGCCCAGACCGACAUGGAUUCCGGGGAGGAUGGAGGCGGCGGCGGGGAGCCCGAGGUGAUCGCUAAAGCCAGUGUCUUGGGAGGUUUUACCGAGGGCACUGAGAUUCGAGCCCUGAUCUCCAGCUUACCAGUUGUUCACGAGAACAUCGUGACAYUGGAGUCAGCCAUMGAGAGGUUUCUCGUGAUAAUGGACCGUUAUCAGGAGCAGCCCCAUCUUCUGGAUCCACAUCUGGAGUGGAUGUUGAACCUGCUGUUGGAGCUCAUCAGGAGUGAACAGUCUCNGCCUAGUCUUCCAUCCAGAAGGGAACAAAUCAAUUUUGGG